AUCCCUUCCCAGCCUCCUCCUCCUUCUCCUUCUUCUUUAUUUGACUUUUUCCGCUUUGUAUCGCUUUUUAGGUCCUUCUUCUCAACACUUCUAUACCUCCUGUUCUUUUCUUCCCCUGGCUGUCACCUCGGUCUGUCUCGUUAUGCAAGGAUUUGGUGCAGGGGAAGGAAGCAUGACGGAUUUCUUUCGUUUAUAUGUUUAUUAGAGAGAAUUUAUGUACUUGUUGUUCCCCUUGAAGUGGUUAGGGACGCUGUUUUUCUCUCUGUUGCGUCGGCCUCUUUUAUGGCGCCCAAGAUUCCUCUCCCUCCUCACAGCAACCCUUAUCAGCCUCCUCAUCCCCAGGCCAACUCUAGGGGAUCAGUUACGUACUAUUGGAAAGGAAGGUGUGUGAAUAAUAAGAAGAGAGGCCCGAGAGGAGGACCCAAGAAGCGAUACAAAGCGUUACAUGUCAAAAGAAGCUGACCAGUGACACCCACCCUCAAGCCCUGCUGAAGUGUACAAGGACCUUCCUGCAGGAGUCCGGUCAGCUUGACAGCCCCUUAAGACAUCACGAAUAAGAAGAUCGAGUCUCCGUGAUGCUGAGUCCAGUGUUUGGCAUCGGGUGUCCAGCUGUCAACUACUUCAGCAGGGAUACAUCUACAUAACAACAACAGCCACUAGCAACUUUGGGGCUAUAGAGGUCGUGGUCCCAUGGCCUAACCAGCCCUCUAAAAUACGGAAGAAGGUGUCCAGCCAGCACCUCACCUCCUGUGCCUUCCCGAGGACAGCUGCCCACCCACCAGCCACGCCAGGGGCCUGCAGGAACUGAUGACAUGGCAGCCAUUAUAAAGGCUGUAGUCACCGCCUAAUGGUGUGACUAGCUUCUGAACCAAGACCAUGAUCUCGCAGGACGUCACCUCCCAGCCCUUAAACACCAGCAAUGUGGAGGGGAUACCAAGCGUGCCUGCUGCUGUGCCGGCACCCUCAAGAUCCCAGCGCAAGCCUUACAGAAGGAAAGCCAACUGGAAGAAGGAGGCCUCCCUUCUCCUCCUGAACCUUGUCGUCAAACACAGGAAGGUUAUUGGGGGCAAAGGUAUGGAUGAAUGUGCAACAGCAAGGCAGAAGACCGAGGUCUGGAGGACCAUCACCCAGGAAAUAAAUGUAGCCUUUCCUGACGUGGUGAGAGACGUUGUGGAGGUUGAAAAGAAGUGGUGGGGCCUAAAAGGACAAGGGAAGGAGGAGCUGAAACAAUACAGGAAGGCCAUGCAUCGAGCAGGCAAGAAACUUGAUGGUAACCCUCCUCCCAAAGAGCAGCUGUCUGAGGUGGCUUUGGCAGUGAAGGCCUUUUUGGACCAAAGUACUGAAAGCAUCUUGGGUCUCCCUCUGCAUCUGGAUGCUAUCAGGCUUCAGGUUCAUGAAUUUCCAGAGAAGGUGGACAGCACCUCUACAUGUGCUGUGUAUGACCCACUACCACUGCAGUUCUGCGUUGAGUCACCCCAAGAAGCCAGCAUCCCAUCAGAGGCUGCCCUUCAUGCUGAGGAUGACAGCAGCAGCAGCAGCAACCUGCCAGCUGCCCUGCCCCCACCACCACCACCCACUGAUCCUGACCCAACAUUUGAGGCAGAGAAAAGAAAACUAGAGCUUGCAAUUUUGCGAGCCAAAGUUGAGUGUGUGAGGGCCCAGAAGCGGGUCCACGAGGCAGACGUGGAGCGUUUGCUGGCCCAGAAGAGGGCCUAUGAGGCUGAUGUGGAGUACAAGGCACUUUUGAGCAAAAAGCUUAAUUGUAACAAAUAUACAGAAUAGUUCAAAAACAUGUCUUUUACUGUACUGUUUUAUAGACAGAUCCCAUGUAGAAACAACUUGGUAUAAAAGCUAAUUACUAAUGUGAUAUACUUGCAUAAUAGAAAAUCUGUAAAAUCAGUCACCUUCUAAAAGAGGUGUCAAGCCAUGACAUAAUCCUUUAUUUAUUGAGGCAAAAAUGCAUUUGCCCGCAGAGGUGUCCUAUUCCCAUGGAAAGUUUCCUGCUACCUGAUUGGUUGAAUGGAUGAUGUCCAAAUACAUUAUUUUAUUUGUAAUAGUUGCCAGAUUAUGUGAGCCAACACUUCCUUAUUAAUUAAAGUUUCUCCCUCCAAUGUAUGUAUAUCCAUUAAAAAUAAUGAGUAAAGAUUAUGAAAUAG